UCCCCAGGAGAGAGGGGCUUGUCGGCUGGCGUCUCUUCAGGCGGCGCCGCGGGCAGCCCGCGGGCCCUUGUAAGGCGCGCGCGCGGCCCCGCCUCCUUCUUUUCGGCCGGAACCGCCAUCUUCCAGUAAUUCGCCAAAAUGACCAACACAAAAGGGAAGAGGAGGGGCACCCGCUACAUGUUCUCUAGGCCUUUUAGAAAACAUGGAGUUGUUCCUUUGGCCACAUACAUGCGAAUCUACAAGAAAGGUGAUAUUGUAGAUAUCAAGGGAAUGGGCACUGUACAAAAAGGAAUGCCCCACAAAUGUUACCAUGGCAAAACUGGAAGAGUCUACAAUGUUACCCAGCAUGCUGUUGGCAUCAUUGUAAACAAACAAGUUAAGGGCAAGAUUCUUGCCAAGAGAAUUAAUGUGCGUAUCGAGCAUAUUAAGCACUCUAAGAGCCGAGAUAGCUUCCUGAAACGGGUGAAGGAAAAUGAUCAGAAAAAGAAGGAAGCCAAAGAAAAGGGUACUUGGGUUCAGCUGAAGCGCCAGCCUGCUCCACCCAGAGAAGCACACUUCGUGAGAACUAAUGGAAAGGAGCCUGAGCUGCUGGAGCCCAUUCCCUACGAGUUCAUGGCAUGAUGGGUGUAAAGAAAAUAAAGGCCUGGACUCUGCAAA